AUGGGGCUGUUUGACCGCGGUGUACAGAUGCUCCUGACUACUGUGGGUGCUUUUGCUGCCUUCAGUCUAAUGACCAUUGCUGUAGGAACAGACUACUGGCUCUAUUCCAGGGGGGUUUGCAAAAGCAAGACUGUCAGUGAAAAUGAGACCAGCAAAAAGAACGAAGAAGUGAUGACACACUCCGGAUUAUGGAGAACCUGCUGCCUUGAAGGAAAUUUUAAAGGUUUAUGUAAACAGAUCGACCACUUCCCGGAAGACACGGAUUACGAAGCAGAUGCAGCCGAAUACUUCUUACGUGCUGUUCGAGCAUCCAGUAUCUUCCCUAUCCUCAGUGUGAUCCUGCUCUUUAUGGGUGGCCUCUGCAUCGCAGCUAGUGAGUUCUACAAAACUCGACACAACAUCAUUCUUAGUGCUGGCAUCUUCUUCGUAUCUGCAGGUUUGAGUAAUAUCAUCGGGAUCAUAGUGUACAUAUCCGCCAACGCUGGAGACCCAGCAAAGAGCGAUUCAAAAAAGAACAGUUACUCCUACGGAUGGUCUUUUUACUUUGGAGCCCUCUCCUUUAUCAUCGCUGAGAUGGUGGGAGUGUUAGCAGUCCACAUGUUCAUUGACAGACACAAACAGAUACGGGCGGGGGCCAGAUCCACAGAUUACCUGCAGUCCUCCGCCAUCACUCGGAUCCCCAGCUACCGGUAUCGUUACCGGCGGCGUAGCCGGUCGAGCUCCCGCUCCACGGAACCCUCGCACUCCAGGGACGCCUCGCCCGUCGGCCUCAAAGGCUUCAACACGCUGCCCUCGACCGAGAUAUCCAUGUACACCCUCACCAGAGACCCCCUGAAGACCACCACCUCGACUGCCACCUAUAACUCUGAACGUGAUCAUAAUUUCCUCCAAGUUCACAAUUGCAUCCAGAAAGACCUUAAGGAUUCGUUACACACCAACACGGCCAACCGGAGAACAACGCCUGUAUAAACAUUGAACGUUGCAGAAAGAGAGAGGAAAGAGAAAAAAAUAAAUUAUUAAUAAUUUACAAAAACGGAGAAUAUUAAAAGUUAUUGCAUGAAAACCCGAAUUCCAUUGCAAAAAAAAAAUGCAAAAGUUACUUUGUCAAAAAAAAAGAGAUUUUAAAAUCGAAAACCAGGAAGAAAAGGGGGGGGGAAAGAGACGAAAACGGGAUGAUCCUCGAAGCCUCAACUUCUGCCAGAGAAUGGAUUGACGAGAGAGAGUGAGAGGGACAAUGAGGAAAAGGGAAUUUUUGUUCAUUUCUCAAAUGAAUUUAAACGCCAUUUAUUGUUGAAAUUCUUUUUCGUAUUACUUUUUCCCUGCCUUAGAUUUCACCGAGAGAGACAAGAAUGGAAAGAGAUGGUUUUCAUUAAAGGUUUGUGAGCUUGCUGAAGAGUUUGAAAUAAAAAUAUAAAAAGGACACAGAAAUUCAUUCUUUGCUAUGACUGCAAACAGGGAGAGAAUAAAACAAAGGAAAACACAGGACAGAGACAACAGCAACAAAUGUCAGUUUUUAAUUAGCUCAGCCAUUGAGUGAAGUGUCAGUCAUCAAAGGAAAUUGAAAAAAGAAACAAUAUAUAUAUUCUUUUAAAAGACAUUCUACAGGAGUGUGGCAAGCUGUGGAUUUGAGAAAAUUGCAUGUGAUGGAUGGGUAAUAAUUCCCUUCUUCCGACCAAAAGCUCAAAUCAAGAAUUUAAAACCAAGAAAUUUUUUAACGAUUUCAAUUAUUAUUUAAGAAAAAAAAGAUAAAAAUGGAAUGGAAUAUUGUGCA